GCUGCUCUUCAAGAAUAGUCCCAAGUCACCAGCACAAUACAGAUUUGCUGACAGAGGAACACUGGUUUAUUACCACUAACACGAUACCGUUUUCAUAAAAGGUGACUGGAUGUUAAUAUUAAAGUAUUUUCAUCUCUUUGAGAAAACACACCUCUUUCUAACAGAGAAUAUCUUGUUCUAGAGAAGGUAAAUGAUAACAUCUACAGGGUUUGUUGCCUUCAAGCUGCCCACUCUGACCUUAUCCCAGCUCAUUUCUUCUGGCUCUUCUCCCCUCCAGCAUUUCUUUCGUUACUGUUUCCUUUUGAAAUUGUUAAAGCAACACUGUACACGUGAUGACUUUAUUUUCUACCUGUUAUUUCCAAAGAUACCACAUAAAUUCACAUUAUUUCAAACCUUACCUUGUACCAUUUAAAAUGUUAAAACCCAGUAAAAGAAUUAUUAAGUGAUAGUCUAGUCUGACACAUCACGGUAAGAUAUGAGGUUUGAAUAUGAAGGAUGAAUGUCUCACCUUGUUGUAAUCUUUGGGAAGAUGUCCAUUAUUUCCAUGUUUCACCAAAAUAAAUUAGUUUUAUAUUGAAGAUUCACCUCAGCUCAUAGUCCAGCCCUGCUGUAUCAACAGGACUAGGUUCUCCUUUGAAGCUUCCCUCUUUCAAGAUAUCUCAGGAUCUAAGUUAAUAAUAUUUGUGUUUCUCGUUUUUUAAGGUGACAGAGCCUACUUGAUCAUCUCCUGUGCUUUACAGACUAAUAACCAUCACCUGGUUUUGAGCACAGUAGUUAGUAACUGACCGAAUGUUUCCUACCUGCCACGUCUCAAGCCUGAAAGAGAGCAAGAGGAAUAAGUGGACUUGCCUUCCCAAACCCUGCAUCUGCUCUAAAGGGUUCAAGUCAUCAGCCUCCAGAUUACACUUGCUGCAAGCGAAGAAGCAGUGAGAGACUUUAAUUGUCCUUUUUGGAAUUCAUAUGGAAGUAUGAUGCUCAACUAAACGCUUGCCAAUCUGAAAUCAUUGAGGAAACAAGACAAAAAACCUUGCAGAAAUAUGUCUAGACUGAUCUGAGAUGCAAAGCAAGGAGAGCAUUAGACAGGGAGCUGAUUUUUGCCUGGCCCCUGCCACUGAUUCACUGCAAUGCUUGCUGCCAGUCAUUUAUUGUGCAUCAAUGUGUUUAUUGAUGGAGGAAAAACAGUAUUUAUUUAUUUUCACAGGGUUUUCCUGCAUCUUACUCACCACCGCUUGUGCAAAUCUUUGGAUGAAAGGGAUCAUAAGAAUUUUAAGCUCUUAAUACACAUUACUUCUUGCAUUUUAAAACAAAUGUCAUCUUGCUAGGUAGGAAUUAACAUUCCAAAGCCUGUAGGGUGCGUACCUUUUCAAACACACAUAUAUAAAAGUCAUCAAGUGACCUGCCUCAGAGAAAGGCUGAUUGAAGACAGAGAUAAAGGACGUGUGCACUCUGGCGCACUACACUUCAAAGACCUAUAUAAUUUAAGCAAAGGUCUCCUGGGGCAGUUGAGGAGAGCCAGCACCAUGAUUCCUGGACUGCUCUUGCUGGGCCUUAUGGCCCUUGUUGCUCCGUCCACGAGUUACAGUUGCUAUGGUGAUAUAAGUACUCUUCAAGCCCCCACGCUCUCCUGUACAGCUGUAAGAGCCCCAGACUGCGGACUUGCCGUGGUACGGAGGAUUGCUGAGGCAGACGUUGUACGCCUGAGGAAAUAUGAGAUCCCGAUUAAGAGAGUAGCCAGAAACCUGUGUUUGGACCCAGCACUCAUCGCUGGCAUCAUCUCACAGGAAAGCCGUGUUGGCUUGCUCCUCAACAAUGGCUGGGACCAGCAGCAGCAGAAGUAUGGCUUGAUGCAGAUUGGCAGGCAGCGACGAUACCCUUACACAGUGUGGGAUAGUGAAGAACACAUAAAUCAGGGCUCAACUAUGCUGGUUCUUGCAAUCAAUGAAGUACGGGCAAGACAUCCUACCUGGACCUGGGACCGGCAGCUGAGAGGGGGAAUCUGCAACUACCGUGCAAAAAUGGGCAACUUCCAGGUCUACGAGGAAGACCCGUGUGAUGGUGACAACUACUAUGUCAACAGCGUGAUUGGGCGAGCCCAGUACUUUAAGACACACGGGUUCUAGUUCAUACCCACCGCGCUACCGAGUCUCUCCUCUACCUAGACCAGCCCAGUAGUGAUCGUAGUACCCAGAGCAGUUAUCCACCAACAGCACCUUGCUCACUCCAGUAAACCCCAGCACCUCACUUGCCAAAGGCUGAGCUCAGCACUGCCUUGCAGAAAGAAACCAUAGGCUUGAGGUCUCUGAAAGGCAGGUGGGGACAGACCAGCGAUGUACCAGGUGAGGAAGUUGCAUCCUCUCAUUCGCAGCUGAACUGAGGGCUGUUUGUACAUCACCCAGGUGCAGGCAUGCAAGCAGUUCUCCAUGGGCAUCAGCUGUGCUCUUCCCAUGUCUUCCAUCCACCUCCUUCCCUUCCCCUGGACAACAAGGUGAAGAAGCCCCUGAACUGAAACCUUGAUUGUGCUAGGUACUGGGUGAUGAAGAGACUUCUCCACAAGCCUUGGGUGUCUGCAUGUUUCUACACUAGCUGUGUAUUCCUGUGGCCAGCCUUCCACUACUAAACAUGCUUCUGUUGGUCCCCCAGGCCACUGAGCCCAGGACCGUGGUGGGGCUGGUGGCCUCUUCAGGGUGAAAAGCAGCCUCACACAGGGGAAAUCAUCUGUAUGGGAAGUACCACAAGGGAAAUAGCAGGCAUGCCAAGCACCUUUCCCUUAGAAAGCAGCCCUCUGAGCAGGAGCCAGCCCUGUAUGUACCCCAGGAGCUGUACCACAAGAACAAUGUUAGUAAAAAAAAAAAACCCACAACCUUUUCUGCUUUAGUUUUGGCACCUCUUUGCUGGGUUUCCUCCAAGUUUAAAAGCCUCUCAGCAUCUGUCCCUCUGCCAGAAAUCUCAACUUCUAAUUAGGUGUGAAU